GCAAAUUGGGUGAAAAAAAUUGAAUUUUUCAAAUUUGAAAAUUUUGAUUUAGACAGAGGUCGCCUCUGUCACUGCUCCAUGUUUAUUGUUUGGGGUUAUGUAUUUCCGAAUUUUUCAAUAAUUAACGAUAAUUGUAGUGUUAAUUGACUGAAAUGGUGCGUCACAAGAACAGGUAUAUAAUCAUUGAGGUUACGGAGUCACCCGGAGACACCCGUAAGCCCACAAAUGCGCUUAAACUCAAUCAGAACCUCUUAUACCGCUCCAUUAUAAACAUGGUUCAAAAAUUACACGGGGACUUUGGGGUGGCUGCCUGUACGGCCGGAUUUGUCUUAAGAUAUUGUAAUGAAAAAACUAGAGUUGCAAUAAUUCGGUGUAGGCAUGGCCCCCAUAAGCUGGUGGCUAGUAGUUUACCCAUUCUUAAGUCAAUUGGAACCAUUGAUGUCCACCUUAACAUUUUGUACACGGGGGCGACUAUGAAACAUUGCUUUAAUUUUAUACAAAGGUAUCAGCAGAAGAAGUUUGAUGAGUUUUGUGUGGGGCUGAAGACUGACGAGGAGAAGGAGGAGUUGAGGAGGGAGAUCAUGCAGUUGGAGCCCCUCUUGAAAAUGCCAUAAGUUAUCUAGUUUUUUGUACAUUUGUUUGAGUAAUAAAUAUUUUAAAUGA